UUGUCAGUAUCACUGAAAAGUGAAAAAUCAAAAUAGAAACAGCAACAGGAGCAAGUGUUUUUCUAACUUUCAAAGUACAGUAAUUUUAGUUUUACGAACAUUAAUAGUGCCAUGUAACCGAACAUAAUGUAUGCUAUUUAAUGGUAUCGUAGCAUAAAACGGUAUAAUUCAAAAUGAAAAUGGAUCGCAACACAUACAUUUAUUUUAUGCAAAUUCUAUUUGUGGGUAGCAUCACAUUAGCAUCACAGAGCUUGGAGUUGCAUAAUAAGCAAACUUUGGCGAUAAAUAUAGCCCGGUUUGUGCUGUAUGUCUUAAGUGUCAGAGGAUUCAGUGAAGCAUGUGUAGUGUUAUAUCACUGCGCUCGUCACCAGCAGCUCCCUGAUGUACAGGUCCUGCAGAGGGUACAGCUACACCGGCACCAUGUCAUGAUGUUUCUGGGGGCUAUCACACUCCUGCUGACACAUGAACAGGCAAUAAUCGAUGACAGAUUAAUUUUUAUUUUAAUCGCCACCUUGAUUGCUAAAUAUCCGGAUAUUGAUAGAAAAUUAGAUAAGAAAAAGACAGUUAACUAUGGUGUAGGCAUGGCUUGCAGCUACUUCGAGGGCUACCUCGUCCAUGUGUUACCUUCAGACGGCGCCAAGUUCUUCGGGUUUCUGGAGAAUAUCAAGAUAUAUGAGAACAGAGAAGGAGUCGUGUUUCCGGUGAAGAAGCUGUUCGUGGUGGUCACCAAGUCGCUGUUCAGUCCUCCGGCGCUGGUGGAGUUCAACAAGACUGGCAGAGACGACCUGCCCAAACUAGAAGCUUGCAGUUCUUUAACUGAGAUAGAGAAGGACGUGGCCGGUGUUAAGAACCGCAUAUACAGGAGCACAGCGUACAAGAUCUACCGGCCUAAUGCGCCGCCUGUCUGUAUCUGCACCGAGGGGGGUACGCCUCUGAACACCUUAUACAGGGUCCUGAAGAACAGCGAGCUCGCUGAAGAACUGGCGGGUAUCAAUCGCGAGGAAAUAGUGCUCGACUUCUUGACCACACUGCGUAAACUGAUUGCCAAGAGCCCAGAAUGCAGGGGCAAGUGUGAACUUGUAUAUUUUGACGAUUCUAACAGAGACCUGAACUUAGCUGAUGUAUUGUUAGAUAGGAUCCGAGAGCUGGAACCGAACUUCGAAGAAAUCAUUUCAAGAAGGAGGUAGUCAUUAUUAUAACAUAGUUAUAUAUUAAGUAAAAACGCGGGUUACUCACGUGAAUAUACUGAGAAAAGCUCCGCGUUUUUACCCGCGUUUUUACUUAAUUUAGUAUGUCUCACGAUAGUUAUUAUAAAAACAUAGUUAUAUAUUUUUAUAAUAUUGUGGUGAAUUAUAGCAAUCGUUUGUAUGACGAUGAUGGCUUCACAGUAAAACUGUGUUUGUCUGUCUGUGUAACAGGUUAAUGGAUAAUGGCUACAAUUGUGACUUUUUUACGUCUUUAUUAUUAUAAUGUGGCAUUGUAAUGUCGACAUUGUGCUUUUGUAAUAUUUCAUUAGGAAUACCCUUUUUACGUAUAAUUUUAUUUUAGACUGCGCGGUUGACCCUCAGUUACGUACCAUGUCGCUGGUUUGACAAGGAACAACUCCUCUAACGGUUGUCGAAAAACAAUGGUGUUUUUACAAAUGUAAAUACAACGAGAACACAACAAAAAAAAACAACUUUGUUGUGUGAACCUCUCUUUUUGAAAAGAGGAUAGAUAUUUUACUUGAUAUGAGACAUUCAUCUCCGUUAGUAGAAAAGUUACUAACUAAAGACUAUGUAAUUAGUAUUGUAACGACGGAGUUUUGAGGCUUAUAACAAAGUGCCUAAGAUCUCUUAGCUCUUAAAUAAUAUUACGCUUUUACAAGUACAAACUUAGUCAGUGGGUGUGAAAGAAAAACUAUACUUAAUGAAUAAGUUCAAUCAUAAUGUUUAAACAAAGAAAACUAGUCAUGUAGACAAUGUUUCUUUAAGUGUGGAAUCUAAAAAUCACGUGAAUAUACUGAGAAAAUCGCUACUAGUUUGUACUACUCAGUACAUUCACGUGAGUUAGCCGCAAUUUUUAGAUGUCUCACAAUAGAAAUAAGUGUACCUAAUGCUAAAUAACAGCGAGUAUAUUUUUUUAUUGUCCAUCUCGAAAAUUCAUUAAACAUUAUAAUGUUUACAACUAUAGUUGUACCCAUUUUUUUUUUCUUAUUAGCUAAAUGAAUGGAUAAUUGACUAUUUUCCUUUUUAUACUUUAUCUACAUCAUUCGACAUAAGUUUAAAUGAGAAUGACACUUAGUUCGACUUGCAACUAAAUGUUUGUUUUGAUAUUGAAUAACAAAUAAAAUAAUUUAAUUCAAUCAUAUCACAUUACGUUCUCAAAUAAUUAAAAUAAAUUAGUUAAUAUCAUUUUUGUUUAAAUGAGGACUAACGCUUUUCUGCUCACUAGAUGGCGCCAAUGUACAAAAUGUUCAUUUUUGUCCAAUCAUAGUAGGCGCUAAAAUUGGAAUGUCCAGAGGACUACACAUUAGCAAUGUUGAUUAAACAAAAUACCCCUAGCUACAUUAGUACUCCAGAUGGCGGCGGGAGCCCUCAUUUAUCAAAUAUUUUUUUAAUUUAUUGACCCAUGAUACACACUUGAAAAAUAACAUUUUAUUGUAAUGUAACUAA